AUGGAUUACUCCUGUUUCCUGUCCAAAAUAAGUGCAGCAAGGCAACCAAAUCCUCUAAGACUGACCAAUGAGCUGGCAAAGAUGAUGUCCUCCUUAAUCAUGCUUGGUGGAGGUAUGCCAAAUGCUGACUACUUCCCAAUAAAAACAGCAAGUAUCACACUUGCUGAUGGAACCACCAUGGAAAUAGGCGAAGAGCUGAUGAAGAUUGCUCUCCAGUAUGGUGCUUCAGAAGGAAUUCAAGAACUAGUAUCAUGGUUAGAAGACUUACAGAUGAAAAUUCAUGAUCCACCAACAGCCAAGUAUGCUCCUGAAAAUGGACAAAUGAAGAUAUGUAUCACUGUUGGGAGCCAGGAUGGACUUAGUAAGGUUUUUGAUAUGCUUAUCAACCCAGGAGAUAAUGUCCUUAUAGAUGACCCAAACUACGUUGGGACACUGACAGGGCUCCGGCCAUUGGAUUGUAACAUUAUCAGCAUCCCUAGCGAUGAGAAUGGUAUUAUUCCAAAAUCCUUGAAGGAUAUUCUUUCCAGAUGGAGAUCUGGAAAUAUCCAUAAACUCAAUAGCAAGACUCCUAAAUUCCUGUACACUGUUCCAAAUGGUAGCAAUCCUUCUGGAAGCUCCUUGACAGCAGAACGCAAAAAGGAGAUUUACCAGCUUGCUAAAGAAUACAACUUUCUUAUAAUAGAAGAUGAUCCAUACUAUUUUCUCCAGUUUGAGAAGAUGAAAGCACCAUCAUUUCUUUCACUGGACGUUGAUGGUCGAGUCAUCAGAUGUGAUACUUUCUCUAAAGUUAUCUCUUCUGGGUUCAGAAUAGGCUUUGUAACAGGACCUGCACCACUUAUUGACAAGAUCAUUCUGCACGCCCAGGUCUCAACAAUGCAGACAAGCACUUUUACACAGGUCCUCCUAUUACAGCUCCUAAAGAAAUGGGGACACAGGGGCUUCCUGGACCAUGCAGAUAGAGUGGCAACACUGUACAGAAAACAGAGAGAUGCAUUGCUUGCUGCGGCAGACAAAUGGCUGAAAGGUUUAGCAGAAUGGUAUACUCCUAAAGCUGGACUAUUUUUAUGGAUUAAAAUUAAGGGGAUAUCUGAUACACACGAGAUGAUCACCAAAAAAGCACUGGAGAAAGGGGUGGUUUUGAUUCCCGGGAGAGGUUUUAUGAUUGAUUCUUCAAAACCAAGCCCCUACAUCAGGGCUUCCUUUUCUUUUGCUUCUCCAGAUCAAAUGGACCAGGGGUUCCAGAGGCUGGCUGAACUUAUAAGGGAAGAAACUGAAUGA